CAUUUUCAUAAAUGGCUCGCCCUCCCCCGCGACUUGUCUCCCGGUCGAUCGUGUGAUUCUUUAUCUCCUCAAUCGCUUGGGUGUACUGGCGCGCGGAUACAGCGAUCAUGCGGUUUCAAUUCCCUGCCAGUGUCGUGGCCGUUACGGCCCUGUGGGCGUCGCUUGCUGCGGCCAUUCGUCCUCCCCGUCUGGCCCCGCGUCCGGUCACUGCCACGACGCAAGCCACCGUGGUCGAAAACACGUUCGAGCAGUUGAUCGACCAUAGUGAUCCUUCGAAGGGCACCUUCUCCCAGCGCUACUGGUACAGUACGCAGUAUUGGGGUGGACCAGGCUCCCCGGUUGUCCUGUUCACCCCCGGUGAAGUCUCCGCCGAUGGAUACCAGGGAUACUUGACCAACGAGACCUUGACGGGCGUGUAUGCGCAGCAGCUGCAGGGCGCCGUGAUUCUGGUCGAGCAUCGUUACUGGGGAGGCUCAUCUCCCUACACCAACCUCACUGCCGAAACACUCCAGUAUCUCACGCUGGAGCAGUCCGUUCUGGAUCUGACAUACUUUGCGGAGAACGUGCAAUUGGGAUUUGCUGCGAACGGCACCAGCAGCAACGCGCCCCAUGUGCCCUGGGUGCUUGUCGGUGGCUCGUACAGUGGUGCCCUGACGGCGUGGACCGAGCGUCUCGCGCCUGGCACGUUCUGGGCCUACCACGCGACCAGUGCCCCGGUGGAAUCGAUCUACGAUUUCUGGCAAUAUUUCCGACCCAUCCAGCAGGGCAUGGCCUCGAACUGCAGCAAGGACGUGUCGCUGGUGGCCGAGCACGUCGAUGCGAUUGGCAAGAGUGGGACUAAAGCCCAGCAGACCGAGCUGAAGAAGAUGUUCGGCCUGGAGGCGCUUGAGCAUUUCGACGACUUUGCCGCUGUCCUCCCCAUCGGUCCCUACCUGUGGCAGGACAACACGUUUUACACCGGCUAUUCGGACUUCUUCGCCUUCUGUGAUGCGGUGGAGAACGUGGCAGCCGGUGCCGCUGUGACCCCCGGCGCCGAAGGGGUCGGUCUCGAGAAGGCGCUGAAGGGCUAUGCCGAGUGGUUCAAGAACGAAGUCUUCCCAGACUACUGCGCAUCGUACGGCUACUGGUCCGACGAGUACAGCGUCGCCUGCUUUGACACGUACAACGCCACCAGCCCUCUGUUCACCGAUACCUCCGUCGACAACGCCGUGGACCGGCAAUGGGUCUGGUUCCUCUGCAACGAGCCCUUCUUCUGGUGGCAGGACGGCGCCCCCGAGAGCGAAACAACCCUCAUCCCCCGCCUGGUGAGCGCCGCAUACUGGCAGCGACAAUGCGCCCUCUACUUCCCCGAGGUCAAUGGAUACACCUACGGCAGCGCCCAGGGCAAGAGCGCAUCCACCUUCAACGCCUGGACCGAUGGAUGGGACAUGACGGGCAACACCACGCGCUUGAUCUGGACCAACGGUCAAUACGACCCCUGGAGAGACGCGGGGGUCUCGUCGACCUUCCGCCCGGGCGGCCCCUUGGUCAGCACCUCCCAGGAGCCCGUCCAAAUCAUCCCCGGGGGGUUCCACUGCUCGGAUCUGUACAUCACCGACGCGGAGGUCAACGCGGGUGUGAAGAAGGUGGUGGCCAACGAGGUCGCCCAGAUUGCCGCCUGGGUGGCGGAAUUCUAUGCAUGAUACUGUAAGACUAUCUGGCCGUGUUGGAAGGCAGCCGGAUCGGUUUUGAAGAAGUGCAGAUAACCACAUAACAUACAAUGUAUAUAUAGCCAGUGGAAUGCAAAGAACUGGUUAGUUAAUGAUGAAACAGUCAC